AGAGAGAGAGAGAGAGAGAAAAAAGAAGUGGUGAUGAUAAUAUCAUCUAUGUGAGCAAAAGAAUUUUCACAGCUUUUUGUUUUCUUUUUCCUCAGAAUCUUUUCAUCAUUUAUGUGUUUAUGCACCAGUAAACAGAGAACAAACAAACUCUUUCUAACUGAAAACAGAGCAAAUUAAAUCUUUUGUUUUCUGUCAGCUAUUUACUUCUUCUGAGUGUUUGAAACCCAAAGUCAAAAUUUCUCUUUAUUUCCUGAAAUUCUCUUUACUUUGCUCAAGGAAUCUUGAUAAAAAUGGGUUAUGUAGACACCGAGGAAAGGAACCUUAAGGGGACCUCAAAGACGCUUGUUCUUGCCGGUUCAUGAAGAAAAAUUCUUUGAGAAAGUUGAGAGUUUUGUUACACUUCUGGUGGAUGCAAGAUUGAGUUGAAGAAAAAGAAGAAAAAGAGAGAUUCUUUUGAUAUGGAAGGUGGUGGUGGUGGAGAUGGCGGUUUCUUACCUAAUUCUAGCUUAGGUGCAUUCUCUGAGACGGCUAUGGAUAUGGAUUUCAUGGAAGAACUCUUCUUUGAAGGAUGUUGGCUUGAGACAACAGACAGUAAGAGCUUGAAGCAGACGGCAGGACAAUCAGUUUCUGAUUCUACCACCAUGAGUGACAACAACUCUUUCCUUUACGGUUAUCAAUUUGCUGAGAACCCUUCGCAGGAUCAUAUCUCCAACGAAGAGACUGGGAGAAAGUUUCCUCCACUAACACCGGGUUUUCUCAAGAUCGAAGAUCUCGCCAAUCAACCGGUGAACCAAGUAUCUUUUGACCAGCCUGCAGCUAUGAGUUCUGCACAAGCAGAGAAGUUUCUCCUUGAAGAGACUGAGGUAGGUAGAAGAUGGUGGAUUGCUCCAAGAACAAGCCAAGGCCCUUCUUCAUCGGUGAAAGAUAGACUGGUACAAGCUAUAAAGGGUCUUAACGAGGCGGUGCAGGAUAAAGACUUCCUCAUUCAGAUAUGGGUGCCAAUUCAACAGGAAGGCAAGAACUUUCUAACCACUUUGGAGCAGCCACACUUCUUCAACCCGAAAUACUUGAGCCUUAAGAGAUACAGAGAUGUCUCAGUUGCAUAUAAUUUCUUGGCUGAUGAAGAUUCCAAGGAGUCUGUAGGUCUCCCUGGCCGUGUUUUCCUUGGGAAAUUACCUGAGUGGACACCUGAUGUGCGGUUCUUCAGAAGCGACGAGUAUCCUCGCAUCAAAGAAGCACAGAAAUGUGAUGUUCGUGGAUCAUUAGCCCUUCCUGUGUUUGAAAGAGGUAGUGGGACUUGUUUGGGUGUUGUUGAGAUUGUCACAACAACUCAGAAGAUGAAUUACAGGCCAGAACUUGAGAAUAUCUGUAAAGCUCUCGAGGCUGUUAAUCUAAGAAGUUCAACGAACUUGAAAUCUCCAAGCAGAGAGUUCCUGCAGGUAUAUAACCAUUUCUACCAUGCCGCAUUACCUGAGGUAUCAGACUUUUUGACAUCGGUAUGCAGAUCAUAUGAGCUGCCUCUGGCUUUAACGUGGGCACCGUGUGCUCGGCAAGGCAAAGGUGGAUCCCGCCAUUCUGAUGAGAACUUCUCUGAGUGUGUUUCAACUGUAGAUUCUGCUUGCUUUGUCCUCGACGAACUGAGUCAUCAUUUCCUAGAGGCAUGCUCUGAACACCAUCUUCUUCAAGGAGAAGGCAUUGUUGGAAAAGCAUUCAAAGCGAUCAAGCUGUUUUUCGUGCCCGAAGUAACCACUUUUAGCAAGACCAACUACCCUCUUGCACACCACGCUAAGAUCUCUGGUCUACAUGCUGCUUUAGCAGUCCCUUUGAAAAGCAAAUUCAAUGGUUCGGUUGAGUUUGUGUUGGAGUUUUUCUUUCCAAAAGCUUGCCUUGACACCGUGGCUCAACAGGAAAUGCUCAAGUCACUGUCUAUAACCCUGCAGCAGGAUUUCAGGAGCCUGAAUCUUGUCAUUGAUAAAGAUCUAGAGCUAGAAGUGGUGUUUCCUGUAAGAGAGGAAGUACUUUUCUCAGAGAAACCACUUAUUAUUGAUGCAGAAACAGGAGAGAAUCUGAAACCUUUGCCUUUGGAAGAGAUAUCUCAGGAAGAUUCCUCAUGGAUCUCACACAUGAUAAAGGCUAACGAGAAAGGUAAAGGCGUGUCGCUUUCAUGGGAGUACCAGAAAGAAGAGCCAAAAGAAGAAUUCAUGCUUACAUCUGGCUGGGACAACAACCAGAUUGGCCAAGGCCACAAUAACUUUCUUUCAGACACUGAGCAGUUUCAAAAGGCUUCAAACUCAGGACUCAGACUCGACAUAGAUCCGAGUUUUGAUUCAGCAUCCUUUGGUGGGGGACAACCAUUAUUAGGCAGUAGAAGACCAGGUGAGAAGCGAAGAACAAAAACAGAGAAGACAAUCGGCUUGGAAGUUCUUAGACAAUACUUUGCAGGAAGCCUCAAAGAUGCAGCCAAGAGCAUUGGUGUUUGUCCAACGACCUUGAAAAGAAUAUGCAGGCAACAUGGGAUAACAAGAUGGCCUUCCCGGAAGAUCAAGAAAGUGGGGCACUCGUUAAAGAAACUCCAACUUGUUAUAGACUCUGUUCAAGGCGUUCAAGGCUCUAUCCAACUUGAUUCAUUCUAUACAAGUUUCCCAGAACUAAGCUCUCCCAACAUAUCUGCUACAGCUACUGGCACUUCCUUCAAGAACAGUGACCAGUCAAGGCAUUUAAGUGCUCAAACCGAGAACGGUGUAUCAGCACAGGGAAUUGCUGCAGCUCCAAGGUCGCCACCAUCAUCUUCUUGUAGCCACAGCUCUGGUUCAAGCACCUGCUGCUCAACUGGAGCUAAUCAAAGUACCAAUACUGCAAACACCUCAAACACCUUAACCACUCUGAUGGCUGAAAAUGCAGGCGCGAUCUUGAAGAGAGCUCGUAGCGAGGUAAGGCUCCAUACUGUUAAUUAUCAGGACGAAACAAGGUCUCUCUCUAGAACCAUGAGCCACAAAACAUUCAGCGAGCAACCUCUUUACGAAAAUCUACCUCGGUUACCAGAGAGUCGAAGCAGGAGCUUGAAAGCUGGAGGCGCAUCUAAAGUGAAAGCCACGUUUGGUGAGGCCAAAGUACGGUUUACUUUGCUCCCGAACUGUGGCUUCAGAGAGUUGCAGCAAGAGAUCGCUAGGCGUUUUAACAUAGAUAAUAUUGCACCGUUUGAUCUUAAAUACCUGGAUGAUGACAAGGAGUGGGUUCUGCUGACAUGCGAAGCGGAUCUUGAGGAAUGUAUCGACAUUUAUAGGUCAUCACAGAGCCGCACGAUCAAGAUCAGCGUUCACGAAGCUUCUCAAGUCAAGCUUGGAGGUUCUUUUGGUAGCACCGGUCCUGGUCCUUCGUGAUUAUAAGCAAUGAGGUAAGGUUAUUGCACCUGCAAAAGAGACAAAGAAAGAUUCGACUAAUUUACUAAUGUGUUAGAAAAUUAUUACUCACUCACCAUUUUAUAUAGCCUGGGCAACGUUUGUAAACAUAUUUUCAGUGGCCUGGAUCAUAUACCAUUUUGCAAGCAGUAGUAGUCGACUGGUUUUCUGCAUCGGCUUAGCAGAUUUUUUGUAUAAUAAGCGAUGCAUACCAGAAAUAUGCUUAUAUAUGUGUAUUUUUAUCUUCUGUACAUCAUUUGUCAACUGGAUUCUACUAAGCUUUGCAAGUAUGUUAUAUUGUAAUA